CGUCCGAUAACAUUCGACACUGUGGUCGGGACGUGUAGAUAGUGAAUGAAGGUUGUGUCAAAAACUUUUACGACUUGUUUCUAGUAUCCAAUAUUGGAAUCACCGGCGAAAUCGUUUUUGAGAAGAUUGAAUUUGCCACUUACAAUGAAUGAACAUCCGUCCAUUAGACCGAUUAAAAUUGACAGCGUCAAAAAGAAAAAUCGAAUCGUGAAACGUUUGGUAGUUCAUCAUUCCACAAUUCGUAAGGAAAAUAGAUUUACUAUUCAAGGAGUUGGCGAGUCGUACAGUACAAAAUGUGUUAAUGAACAUUUAAACUACGCCGAUGUCACUCCAAAUAAUACUUCAACAAUCACCUCAGGUGCAACUCUACCAAAUGUUUCAAUUGAAAAACGUCCGCAACAGAUUUUCUCCAAUGAACAAGAAAAAGAACUCUCUGAAUUCGUCCGUGACGCUUCCGAUUAUUACAAUGGCUUGACGUCCAAAGAUGUGCGUAUCUUGGCUUUCGUCUACGGUGUGUGCAACCAAGUUGAUCUUCCGGCCGGUUGGCGAGUUAACCACCAAGCAACGUUUUCGUGGUGUUCCAGAUUUACCAAACGAUUUCAAUUGAGUUUGUUGAUCGCCGGUAAUAGUAGUUGAAGAGAAUUAGAUUCAGUUUUGUUACAUUCUACGAAUAAAUAAGAAAUGGUAACAAUGGAAAUAGAGAAUUUCUUAUGUGGAAUUGUUAUAUAAAAUUGUUAUCGUCAUCAUCACUACCACCAUCAUCAUCAGAUCAUCGUUUUCGUUAUCUUUUCGCCAGAAAUGUUUGUGAACAAUUUACGAACGCAACCACUAAUGUGUUAGCUUUCAAU